CCCGGUUGGACUCUUGCUUCCCGUUGGGCGGCGGGAGUGGGGAUUUGGGGGAGACAAUGUGGGGCGGCGAUCGUGUGGUGGGUGCGGGGUCAGGCGAGGCAGUCGUGACGGUGGCCUUCACGAAUGCUCGGGACUGCUUCCUCCAUCUGCCGCGACGCCUGGUGGCCCAGCUGCACCUGCUGCAGAAUCAAGCUGUAGAAGUAACCUGGGGUCACCAGCCCACAUACCUGAGCUGGGUGGAAGGCAGGCAUUUUAAUGAUCAAGGUGAAAAUGUGGCUGAAAUGAACAGACAAGCUGGUCAGAAACUUGGACUCUCAGAUGGGGAAGAGGUGUUUCUCAAGCCCUGUUCCCAUGUGGUAUCUUGCCAACAGGUUGAGGUCGAGCCACUGUCAGCAGACGAUUGGGAGAUACUGGAGCUGCAUGCUGCUUCCAUCGAACAGCAUCUUCUAGAUCAGAUUCGAAUAGUUUUUCCGAAAGCCAUUUUUCCCAUUUGGGUUGACCAGCAGACUUACGUCUAUAUCCAAAUUGUUGCUCUCAUGCCAAAUGCCCCUUACGGAAGACUGGAAACUAACACCAAACUGCUUAUUCAGCCCAAGACACUCCAAGCCAAAGAAAACACAUUUUCCAAAGCAGAUGAUACACAUGGAAACUUUCAUAGUUAUGCAAGAGAAAAAAAAGGAAUGUCAAAAGAAUUCCAAACCAACCAGCUUCAUUCGCAUACUAAGGGAAUCACUGGCUCUAGUGAAACAGACCCAGAGGUUCUGAGUGACUCACCCUUGAAACCAAGCUGGUGGACUAUGUUAGGAAGCAUUUUUUCUUUUGGAUCUGAGAACAAACAAGAGACAUCCUGGGGUUCAACUGAAAUCAGUGCUUUCAAAAACAUGCAGUCACAGGUUGUUCCUCUAGACAAUAUUUUCAGAGUAUGCAAAGCUCAACCUCCCAGUGUACAGAGCAUCUCAGCAACCUCUGUAUUUCACAAACACUGUGCCAUUCAUGUAUUUCCAUGGGACCAAGAAUAUUUUGAUGUGGAGCCCAGCUUUACUGUGAUCUAUGGAAAACUAGUUAAGUUACUUUCUCCAAAGCAACAGCAAAUCAAAACAAAGCAGAGUGUCCUGUCACCUGAAAAAGAGAAGCAUCUGUUGAAGCCACCAGAUCAGAAACAGAUUAGCUCAGACUCCAGUCAAGACGCUGACAAGGCCUGUGUGCUGAAGGUAGUCUGGAAUGGACUUGAGGAAUUGAAGAAUGCCAUGAAAUACUCCAAAAGUGUAGAGCCUCUCCACCUUGGGAAAGUCUGGAUUCCAGAUGACCUGAGGAAGAGACUCAAUAUAGAAAUGCAUGCAGUAGUCAGAAUAACUCCACUAGAAAUUACCCCCAAGAUUCCAAGGUCUCUGAAAUUACAACCUCAAGAGGAUUUACCUAAAGACGUGAGUGAGGAAGAUGUGAAAAGGGGGCUGUUGUCAUGGCUGCAGCAGGCUGCAACCGCCGUGCUUCCUUUGAUAAUAUCAGAGAAAGAAUCCAUUAAGCUGAGAAUUAAGGAUGGGUUGAAAGAGUUUUCUCUGAGUGUAGUUCAUUCUUGGGAAAAAGAAAAGGAAAAAGGAAAAGCCAUUUUUCUCUUGAGUACCCAUCUGCUGCAGAAGAUCUCAAUUCAAGUCCUUCUAGACCCUAUGGUAAAAGAAGAAAACAGUGAGGAAAUUGACUUUAUUCUUCCUUUUUUAAAGCUGAACUCUUUGGGAGGAGUGAAUUCCUUAGGCAUAUCCUCCAUGGAGCACAUCACUCACAGCCUCCUGGGACGCCCUUUGUCUCGGCAGCUGAUGUCCCUUGUUGCAGGACUUAGGAAUGGUGGCAUUUUGCUCACUGGAGGAAAGGGAAGUGGAAAAUCAACAUUAGCCAAAGCAAUCUGUAAAGAAGCGCGUGACAUACUGGAUGCCCAUGUGGAAAUAGUAGACUGUAAAGCUUUACGAGGAAAAAGGCUUGAAAGCGUACAAAAAAGCCUGGAGGCGGCAUUUGCAGAGGCUGCCUGGAGGCAGCCAUCAGUUAUCCUGCUGGACGACCUGGACCUUAUCGCUGGACUGCCCGCUGCCCCAGAACAGGAACACAGCCCUGAAACAGUACAGAGCCAGCGGCUCGCACAUGCUUUGAAUGAUAUGAUCAAAGAGUUUAUUUCCUUGGGAAGCUUGGUUGCGCUGAUUGCCACAAGCCAGUUUCAGCGUUCUCUACAUCCUGCACUUGUAUCUGCUCAAGGAAUUCACAUAUUUCAGUGUGUCCAACACAUUCAACCUCCUAAUCAGGAGCAAAGAUGUGAAAUUCUGCACAACAUAGUGAAAAAUAAACUGGACUGUGAUUUGAACAAGUUCGCUGAUCUUGACCUGCAGUGCAUAGCCAAAGAAACAGAAGGGUUUGUGGCUAGAGAUUUUACCAUACUUGUGGAUCGAGCCAUACACUCUUAUAUCUCUCGUCAGUGUAUCUCCACCAGGGAAGAAUUGAUUUUAACAACAUUGGACUUCCAAAAGGCUCUUGAUGGAUUUAUUCCUGCAUCUCUGCGAAAUGUCAACCUGCAUAAACCUAGAGACGUAGGCUGGGAUAAGAUUGGUGGAUUACAUGAAGUUCGACAGAUACUGAUGGAUACUAUCCAGUUACCAGCCAAGUACCCAGAAUUAUUUGCUAACUUGCCCAUACGACAGAGAACUGGAAUAUUGUUAUAUGGUCCUCCUGGAACAGGAAAAACUUUACUAGCCGGGGUAGUUGCGAGAGAGAGUGGAAUGAACUUUAUCAGUAUCAAGGGACCAGAGUUACUGAGCAAAUAUAUUGGAGCAAGUGAACAAGCUGUUCGGGAUAUUUUUGUCAGAGCACAGGCUGCAAAGCCCUGCAUCCUUUUCUUUGAUGAGUUUGAAUCCAUCGCUCCUCGAAGAGGUCAUGACAACACAGGAGUUACAGACCGAGUAGUUAACCAGUUGUUGACUCAGUUAGAUGGGGUAGAAGGCUUACAAGGUGUCUAUGUAUUGGCUGCUACUAGUCGCCCUGACUUGAUUGACCCUGCGCUGCUUAGGCCUGGCCGACUAGAUAAAUGUGUAUACUGUCCUCCUCCUGAUCAGGUGUCACGACUUGAAAUCUUAAAUGUUCUCAGCGACCCUCUGCCUCUGGCAGAUGAUGUAGACCUUCAGCAUGUGGCAUCGGUAACGGACUCCUUCACUGGAGCGGAUCUGAAAGCUCUGCUAUAUAAUGCCCAGUUGGAGGCCUUACACGGAAGGCUGCUGUCCAGUGGACUCCAUGAUGGAGGCUCCAGCUCUGACAGUGACCUAAGUCUUUCAUCAAUGGUCUUUCUAAACCACAGUAGUGGCUCUGAUGACUCAGCUGGGGAUGGAGAGUAUGGCUUAGAUCAGUCCCUUGUUUCUCUAGAGAUGUCUGAGAUCCUCCCAGAUGAAUCAAAGUUCAAUAUGUACCGGCUCUACUUUGGAAGCUCAUAUGAAUCAGAGCUUGGAAAUGGAACCUCGUCUGAUUUGAGCUCGCAGUGUCUCUCUGCACCAAGCUCCAUGACUCAGGAUUUGCCUGUGCCUCCAGGGAAAGAUGCAUUGCUUUCACAACCUCCCGUAUUCAGGACCUCUUCCCAAGACGGCUACCAAGACCUUACACAAGAACAGAGAGAUCAGCUGAGGGCAGAGAUCAGUAUUAUCAAAGGCAGAUACCGGAGCCAAAGUGGAGAAGAUGAAUCCCUUAACCAGCCAGGACCAGUCAAAACCAGUCUUGCUAUUACUCAGUCACAUUUAAUGACUGCGCUUAGUCACACAAGACCGUCCAUUAGUGAAGAUGACUGGAAGAAUUUUGUUGAGCUGUAUGAAAACUUUCAAAAUCCAAAGAAGAGAAAAAAUCAAAGUGGAACAGUUUUUCGACCUGGACAGAAAGUAACUUUAGCAUAAAAUAUACUUCUCAUUUUUCUAGGGAUAUUUGUUUGUUUUCUUUCUUUGUUAGGUCUGGUGGUUUGUUCCUAACUUGUCACAGUAAAAAUAGUGUCUGUAAACUUCUUUCUAAUUUAAUAAAUUUGGUUAAUCUAUAAAAUUAUAGUUUGAUAGAUGCUGUGAUUAUGUAAUGAUCAGGAUUAUCUGACAUUAUCACUGCAGGAUAAGUGAGGAUAUUUAUAACAUUAUAUAUUUUAUUUCCUAUUAAAUCAUUAAUGAGAUGAGAUUUGGCCAGUGGUAGAACUCAUUUUUUUUUUUUUCUUUUGGAGAAGAGAUAGUAGAGGACACAAUUAAAUAAAUGUCUUGGGAUACACAGUUGCAUAUUCAGUGUCUUUUUGGCAUUUGGCAAAUUGUAUGCUUUGCAACUUAUUGACUGUUUGGGAAAAAAUGUAUUAUUGUCUUCUGAUCUUUUAUCACAACAUCUGAAGUUUACAUACAAUUCAAAUAAAUUUAAUAAUUCUUC